AUGUCCUUCCUUGGUGGUCCAUGGAACCCGCAUGACGACGUUAGGAGUCGUUCACAUCUUUGCUUUAAUCUGUCCAAGCUGGGUCUUUUCCAGUCCAGAAUUAGCUUGCAGAAAGCCAGUGUGAAGUUGAAAGCAAAGAGAAACGACUGCAACUCCAAGGCCACGCAGGCCCGGAACGACUACUUGUUAACGCUGGCCGCUGCCAACGCUCACCAUGACCGCUACUACCACACCGACCUGCUGCACUGCAUCCAGGCCUUGGACGGCAGGAUCUACGAGCAUGUAAAAGACUACCUUAUAGCGCUGUGUCGCACGGAGCUGGAGGCCUCCCAGGCGACACACAACACCUUUCAGUUCCUGUUGGACAAAUCCACCAGGAUCAUCCAAGAGUACAACCAGCAGUUGUUCAUGCAGGAGAACCCAGUCUUCCACAAAGCACACGACUUCCAGUUCCAGCCCAGCGAUUGUGACAAGAGUCGUCAGCUGGAGUCGGAGAUGGGAACCACGGAGGAGCACAGUCUGAACAAGGAGGCGAGGAAGUGGGCGACACGGGUGGCCAGAGAACACAAGAACAUCGUACACUAUAAGCGAUCACUGGAGGACUGCGAGAGCCACGGCCUGCCACCCACUGAGCAAGGCAGGGCAGAUCUGGAGACCAAAAUGGAGGAAUCCAAGGAAAACAUCCGCAAAGCUGAGACCGUGAAGUUGAAAGCGGAAGCUCGGCUGGACCUCCUGCGGCAGGUGGGCGUUGCCGUGGAUACCUGGCUGAAGAGUGCCAUGAACCAGGUGAUGGAGGAGCUGGAGAACGAGCGCUGGGCCAGCUACACUUCCCAUGAUCCUUCACUGUCGGGCACGGUGGACUUGGAGCGGGAGGACGGCGAGGAGUGUGAGGAGAACAUGGAGGUGUUUGACGACAGCAGCUCCAGCCCCUCGGGAACACUUCGGAACUACCCGCUAACCUGCAAAGUGAUCUACUCCUACAAGGCCUCGCAACCAGAUGAGUUAACUAUUGAUGAACAGGAGAUGCUGGAAGUGAUUGAGGACGGGGACAUGGAGGACUGGGUCAAGGCUCGCAAUAAAGUCGGACACGUGGGUUAUGUUCCCGAGAAGUAUCUGCAGUUUCCCGCCUCCAACAGUUUGCUGAGCAUGCUUCAGUCCCUGGCAACGCUGGACGCUCGCUCACACACUUCUUCCAAUUCCACCGAGCCAGAGUUGCACUCCGGCUGCAUCAACGGAGAUGUUAACAUGGUGUUCGUGCGGGCGCUGUACGAUUACGAGGGCCAGGCGGAGGAGGAGCUGACGUUCGCGGAGGGAGCGGUGAUUCGCCUCCUGAGCCGAGACACGCAGACCGACGACGGCUUCUGGGAGGGGGAGCUCAACGGACGGGUGGGCGUUUUCCCCUCGGUUUUGGUGGAGGAUCUGACGGAGAACGGCGAGACCGGUGUGGGAGGGCCCAACGGAAUACAGGUGUCGCCCUCCACAAAGCUGCCAUCCUGCCUUCCGCCUCUCCCGCUGUACGACCAGCCUCCCAUCAGCCCUUUCACCAGCCCCGAGACCACCACGCCGCCGUCUCUGCCGCGCUCGCCCUCCGCCGCGCUCAACGGCGAGCACAAGCUCCCCAUCCCCGCCGCCUCACACCGGACGCCGCUCACCACGCCGAAUCUAAGUUCCGGAAGGAGCCCGGUGUCGCCCGGCUUCCAGCUGCAGCCGCCCAGAUGUGCGCCCGAGGGAGGCCCGGGGAAACUACGACCUGUGCGUGCGGCCCCUCCUCCACCCAAGCAGCAGUCUCGACGGCAGCACGGCAAGAGCGACAAGGCGGAGGAGGUGGAGAUCACGCUGGUGUGACGGACGGGCGGUCGGUCGGACCCACACCCGAAACCUCAGCCAGAACUGAACAGAACCCUCACUCUCGCUCUCCGUUAUCCUCAAGUUGAGGCGGAGGAGGAGAGCAGGGCUGUCAGCGAAGGAUUCUGGGUAUUUGCUUCCUGAUGAAGUGCAGCAGUAGCUUCUUCCCGCCGAUGUUUCCGUCUCCUCUCGCCUCACCUUCUUCCAGUCUUGCCUUAAAGACCUCAUCGGGCCACGCCCCCUCCAGCACGAAUGGCGACGUGAGCCGUGGACGGAAGGCCGUGUAGCAGUCCAGGUCAUGGGGACACUUCCUGUACACGCCCACAUUCUGGACCAAUCAUUGCAUGGGCUGGAGUAGGCCACGCCCCUUUUGACAAACACGGUGGAACCUUGAAGGUGGAACAAGUUCACAGUUUAGUUUCCAUACCAUCUAAUAUUUGGUAGUCACAAAAUAAUCGUCUGAAAUUUUAAUUUUGAACACAUUUUGGAUGAAUUAAUUCAGGUUAUUUAAUUAAUUUCAGUUCAUUUUUUUUUUUAAUCACAUUUUGAGCUCAUUUUUUUAAAAUAUUCCAAUUUAAACACAUUUUGAAUUAAUUAAUUUGGGUUAUUUGAUGAAUUUUUAGAGUUAAUCACGACUUCUAAAUCGGAAUUAAUUAUGGAUUAAUUUAUUUGGGUUUAUCCAUUGAUUAAUAUUGGUUGGCUAUUUAGAAAUGUCCAAUUUUAAACACAUUUUGGAUUAAAUUA